GCUGUAAAAGCACACCAACACCAAAACAUUCCAAUCACCACAGAGUAUAAAUAAAUUUUAAUGGACACCUGUCACAAUCUGUGGUGUGUCACACUUUGACAUCUCUCUUCUCUCUCUCAAUUUAUAUUUUAUAACCUCCAAAUCAAUAUCAACAGGAAAGGAAAACAUUUCAAGAUUUUUGUGGUGUAAAACGUAAAUAUUUCAUAGAAUAAGGAAAUGGGGAAACGAAGUAAUUCCAAGUCUCUCGUGAAAAAUAAUACCAGUGAAGAAAUAAGCUCUGAAUUGAUGAACGGACAGAUUGAUCAUCCAGUUAAAUCUAAGAAGAAGUUAAAACAUAAGAUAGAAGAGGACAAAGAUAUUGCAAAAAACAUUGAAGAUGUUGUGUCAAAUACUGAUUGUACUGAAUCUAAAGCUAAGAAAGCUAAAAAGACCAAGAAAUCUAAAGAUGAAUUAAGUAUUGAACCUGAUAUGAACAAACCCAAAAAGAUAAUAUUUGUAAAUGAUGAACCACAAACCAUAGAAUUAGGGGAACCCAGUGGUAGCAAAACAAAGAAGAAGAAAAAUAAAGUGAAUAAUGUUAUAAAUGAAGAAUCACUUGUCAAUGAUGAAGAUAUUGACAAUUUCUGUGAUGAAUUAACUAAUCAAGAUAAUGAGCAGUAUGAAGAAUGGGUUCAAUUAUUAGAGGCUAAGUUGCAUCCUAAUAAAAAAUCCUGAUAGUAA